GGGAGUCGCCAUUUUGAGGGUGUCUGAGAAGCUGCAGGGGUACCGGUGCUCGUCUCCAGGACCGCCACAGAUUCGCUCAUCAGGUGGAAGACGUGUUGUGCGACAGUAGGUGUAGAUGGAGGUGUAUAUAGAGCCGACGCAGGUGCCGCAGGACGCCCUAGCGGCCGCUGCACAGCUAGAGUUAGGGGCAACACCUCAGACCCUAACCAUCCGGAGGCCGUUCAAUCCCGUGGCCCACGAGUUAGACGCUAACUUCCGACUGACACGGUUCGCGGACCUGAAGGGAUGAGGGUGUAAGGUCCCCCAGGAGGUGCUCACACGCCUCCUGGAGGGGCUGCAGGAUGAUGGUACAGGCCACGAACACGACCAUGCGGCGCAUUUUAUGCAUAUGCCCAUCACUCAUAUUGGAAUUGGAAUGGAUGCGAGUGUUACUCCACUGCGUCAUGGUGGCCUUUCCCUUGUCCAGACGACUGACUUCUUCUACCCACUGGUUGAUGAUCCCUACAUGAUGGGUAAAAUUUCCUGUGCCAAUGUGCUUAGUGACCUGUUUGCUAUGGGAGUGACGGACUGUGACAAUAUGUUAAUGUUACUGGGAGUGUCGACCAAGAUGACAGAGAAGGAGAGAGAUGUUGUUAUUCCUCUGAUGAUGAGAGGCUUCAAGGACGCUGCUCUAGAAGCCAACACAUCGGUAACAGGAGGUCAGACUGUGAUGAAUCCCUGGUGUACUAUUGGAGGUGUUGCCACUACUGUUUGUCAACCCAACGAAUUCAUUGUGCCAGAUUGUGCUGUGGUUGGGGAUGUCCUGGUGCUUACCAAACCUCUUGGAACACAAGUAGCUGUUAAUGCACAUCAGUGGUUGGACCAGCCUGAGAGAUGGAACCGCAUCAAGUUGGUGGUGUCUGAGGAGGAUGUCCGUAAAGCUUACCAGAGAGCCAUGGAUUCGAUGGCUCGCCUUAAUAGAACUGCUGCUAGGUUAAUGCACAAAUAUAAUGCUCACGGUGCUACAGAUGUAACAGGCUUUGGUCUUUUGGGCCAUGCACAAAACUUGGCCAAGAACCAGAAGAAUGAAGUUUCGUUCGUCAUCCACAAUCUUCCAAUUAUAGCCAAGAUGGCUGCUGUUGCAAAGGCUUGUGGCAACAUGUUUCAUCUGUUGCAGGGACUGAGUGCAGAAACUUCAGGCGGUCUUUUGAUCUGCUUACCACGUGAACAAGCUGCAGCUUACUGUAAAGAUAUUGAAAAGCAAGAGGGUUACCAGGCAUGGAUCAUCGGCAUCGUAGAGAAAGGAAAUCGUACGGCUCGCAUCAUUGACAAGCCACGGGUCAUUGAAGUUCCAGCAAAAGAAAAAGAUGGGGAACUGUGGUAGAACAGUGUUCAUCUAUAUGUUGCUGAGAAAUCACCGCUUCAUAAGUUUCAUUGGAUUGGCAGCAGACUUCAAUUGAAGUAGUUAAGGUGAGGAUGAGGAAAUAUAUACCAAGAAAGGCAUUGUUUCAUCUCAACUCAUUUGGUGAUACUAAUUUAAUGAUUUUAUACAUUGUUCAUAACUCGUAUGUCAGUUUUAUAUAUUCAGGGGUAGUAAACCACAUUAAAUCUGUACCUUUUCUUUAGUCUACUGUUUUUAGGACUUUUAGCAAUAGACAUAAGACUACCACCUAUGCAUUACGAAUAGUUAUCAUAUCUAAAAUAUUAAAAGGCACAUAAACACUUGCAAGCUGUUAAUGUAGUUUUGUGUUUUCAACUAAAUUUCACUGCCAACUUCUGUUCCACUGAAAUGAUUUUGUAUGAACUGCACCCAAUUCAGUGUACACUUGCGUUUCCUCCCCUAUCAUUUUCCACCACAUUUGGAUGAGAGAUUUGUCCAUAUCGAAGAAUCGGUAGAAUGAUCAGUGUGCUUAAAACCUAACAACGACAUUCCUUAUCUUGCUACCGAGGCUCAAAGUUAUUAUUGUUGCUUUAUACCAGAAGAUGGUCAACUGCUCAGUAACAUAAUAUACUUCGUUCAAGUUAAACAAGCACACACCUCUAAUGGAUAAUUGUUGACAGUGGCAGCAUUAAUACUAGAGAUGCUUGUCCAAAUUGUAUAAAAGUGUGUUUUGUUAGACUUGACCUCAGUAAAGACAUUAGAUGGCUAAAGCAGGAAAGAAAACAAAUUAUGAAGGUCAUUUGUUAAAGUUUUCUUAAAACGGUGAAUGACUGGAAGCACCAGCUUUCUCUCUUGCCCCCAUUCAUCAUAUGUCACAGCCUUGGGAUUCAAUAAAUUUUUUUCCAUUAA